UUUACUUCCGGGUGAGUUUUCUUCUCGAUUGUUACGUUAAAAUUGCUACAGUUCAAUGUCUAAACACGCUCUGUGUUUGAAGCAAGUCUGAUCUACUGUUCGAGUCAUGAGAUGAUGGUUGACUGAUGAAACACAUCAAUAUGGCUGAAGACAGGGAAAUAAUGCGAGAGAUAUGGGACGGACGAAUACCUGUGUGUUUCUCAAUAUACCUGGAGGAUUUGGAAUCAGAGGAACCAGAAUCUGUCUAUUUAAUGAUGCCGCGUCUAAGUUACUUCCCGUUAGUGACUGAAAAAAUCCAGAAGCAUUUUAUAAAAUAUGUUUCCUCUGAAAAGCAAGGUGAAAUGUGGCUGGAAUAUGAAGGCCAACCCUUAAAAUGGCAUUACCCUAUCGGCCUCUUGUUUGACCUGUUUGCCUGUAAGGACAACCUACCCUGGAGUGUCACUGUACAUUUCCAGAACUUUCCAGAAGAGGACCUUAUACACUGUAGCAGUAAAGAAGCAGUGGAGUCACACUAUAUAUCCACGGUAAAGGAAGCAGACACGCUGAAACACCGCGGCCAGGUUAUCAACAGUAUGCAGAAGCGUGACCACAAGCAGCUGUGGUCAGGGCUCCUUCAUGAAAAGUUUGAUCAAUUUUGGUCAGUCAACAAGAAAUUAAUGGAAUCCUCAGGAGAAGAUAUGUUUAAAAGUAUUCCCUUUAGAUUAUAUUUUUCUGAGAGGCCAUAUGUACAGCAGUUAUUUCGACCUGUGAAUGCAGAAGGUUACAGUCAGACUCUUCGCGACCUCCUGAUGGAAGUUGUACCUAGUUUGUGGAAUGAAGAUAAGACAUUCUCGAGAACAGUUGUGAUACAUGGGGUGGAACCAAGCCUUGAUAUGCCCCUGUUGUGGAUGUCGGAGCAUCUUAGUUAUCCGGACAAUUACCUCCACUUUUGUAUACUGGACAAACCCAAAGUGGAAAAGGGAUGACAAGAUAAUAAUUCAUUAGUAGUUACACCAGUUCAUGUGACCAGACAUUGUAAAGAGUGUUUGGAGGUAAAUGAUGUCAUAAAUAAAGACACCCAAAAGGUCAGUGAGUACUGUAUGUAUGUGUUGAGGUAGUAUUAAAUGUACUGAACGUGCUACUUCAUCUUAAGUGUGUGAGAAAUGACUAUGAAUCAAGUAUACGGUUAUACAUACAGUGCUGUGACCUAGUUCUCUGUCUCAAAGGUGGUCUUUAUUUCCCCUGGCACACACAAUGGCCUGGUAAGGGUUGUGCUGUGUUUCUGACCGAGUAUCUAUAGGUUUGAUAAAAUUUAUUUUGAAUUUAGAAUCAUUUUCACAUGUCUGGCAUAACAUAAUCAUUGGCUCGUACGUGAUGUGUGAUAUACAUAUAUAUAUAUGU